AAAUUAUAACAUGUCAUUACAAAUAAAAACACCUUACAAUCUUAAAAAUCUUUGUUUAUCAAAAAAUAUUACAUUCUCACCAUUUGAUUGGGUGUUCAUAUUACAAACAUCACACUUUUAAGAGUUGCCAACGCCAUAUAUUGUAAGCAUAAACUUUUUAAACGAACGAGUGUAAAAAAACAAUGAAUUAAAUUAUACUUCCUUUCACGUUUAUAGUAAUUGGCUGACUUGAACUAGAAUAUUUUUCAAAUACUAUUAUCAGAUACCUUUAAGUGGAUUUUAAUAUAAACAAUCAGUUUGAAUAUAUGGCAUUGAAACUUAACACAAUGGAUAGAAGAGCAUUGAUCGAAAAAUUCCAUCAAAUGGAUAAAAAUUGUGAUGGGGUUUUAACGCCAUCUGAAAUUCGACUUUGCGUUCAACGAUCCGGUCUACCCCCAUCAAAAGUUGAUGAAUUUCUACGUUUAUUUGAUUUAAGCGGUGAUAAUCUGAUUACACUUGAAGAAUAUAUUUGUGCGCUUGGUUUACAACCUCCACCACCAAAAGAUGUUGAACAAUGGAGAAGAACCUUUAAUGAAGUUGACCAAGAUAGAUCAGGACAAUUAUCACUAGAUGAAAUUAAAACCGUUUUACGGGAACUAGGAUAUCGUCGUGUAUCUGAGGACGCUUUAAAUCGGUGGAUGCAAAGUAUUGAUAAGAAUUGUGAUCAAAUGAUUGACUUCUCUGAAUUCUGUACAUUUCUUUAUGAAAAUUGGAAAGAAUAAACCAGACUCCAACUGAGCGACCGGAUAUUUAUUUCCAUAAAUACUUUCCUUUAAACAAAUUGAAAAUAUAACUACUAAUACUCUGUUGUAUUUGUAUUAUUUUACAUUACAUAAAAAUUUUACAGAUGUGAACUAUUAAUAGUAUGGUUUACUUUAUUGUCAUGAUAGUAAUAGGAAAAGUGAGAUACUUGCAAGUCAUGAUUUUUUUACUUAUUAAUUGGAAUGCGUGCUCAAUUUUUGGCGACGCAUUUCGACUUUGUUGGUUUGUGGUUGAAGCAUUUUUAGGUUUAAAGAGAUUGAUAAUAGACAUAUAAUAAUCCAACUGUUACCUUCGUGUCAUCUUGAUAAAAUACUCUGAGAAUAUAAUGAUCU